AUGGCGCACGACCAACUCUUCUCGCCGCUCAAGCUCGGCAACCUCAACCUGAACCAUCGCGUCGUCAUGGCGCCGCUAACGCGCUUUCGCGCCGACGACCGGCAUGUUCCCCUCGACAUAGUGGCAGAAUACUAUGCGCAACGCGCCUCGAUGCCCGGGACCCUGCUCAUCGCCGAAGCCACCUUCAUCAGUCCGCGUGCAUCUGGCCAGGCCAAUGCGCCCGGGAUCUGGAAUACCAACCAGAUCGCAGCAUGGCAGCGAGUCACCGAUGCCGUGCACGCCAAGGGCUGCUUCAUCUUCCUCCAACUUUGGGCGCUGGGUCGCCGCGCCAUGCCUGAUCUACUCGCCCGCGCGGAGGGCGGACCAUAUCCUGUCGUCGGACCCAGUCCACUCGCCGUUCAGAACGGGCCCGUGCCUCGCGAGUUAAGCCGCGACGAGAUCCAGCUCUUCGUCGAGGACUACGCGACGGCAGCACGGAACGCCAUGCUCGCGGGCUUCGACGGGGUCGAGAUUCACGCGGCAAACGGAUACCUGGUCGACCAGUUCUGCCAAGCAGCGAGCAACCACCGCACCGACGAGUAUGGAGGGAGCGUCGCCAAUCGCGCCAGAUUCGCCCUCGAGGUUACGCAGGCGAUCAUUCGCGCGGUGGGAGACAGCAGGAAAGUCGCAUUGCGCUUGUCGCCGUGGUCGGAGUUUGCAGCCGAUUCGCGCGCGGUCGUUGCGCAGUUCUCGCACCUCAUUACGGAAUUGAAGAAGCUUGAUCUGGCGUAUUUGCAUCUGGUAGAGAGCAGGGUCGGCGGCGUCGACGCCAGGGACGCCAUCUACCAUAAUUUCACGGGGCGGAAUGACCCGUUUAUCGAGUUGUGGGGUGGACAGGAACCCAUCAUUUUGGCGGGCGGAUUCACACCGGAGACAGCGACAAAGGUUGUCGCUGAGUAUUACAAGGACAAGAAGGUUUGCAUUGCGUUUGGACGGUAUUAUAUCAGCACGCCAGACUUGCCGUUUCGAUUACGCAAAGGGUUGCCGUUGAACCCAUAUGAUCGCGGCACGUUUUAUAAGUUGAUGAGCCCGGAUGGCUACGUCGAUUAUCCAUUCAGUGAAGAGUAUCUGGCGGCAAUCCUUAGUCAGGGGCCCCGCUGA